UAAAUCUCAAUUAUUUAUCAGUUAUUAACCCAAUUUAGGAUCAAAAUGGGCUUUUCUCUUCCACUAUGUUCCUUCCAAGGUAUAAAUCUCUGGAUCAGAAUAAGACCGGUCUUUACUCAUAUUAAAAUGCUAAAUAUAAACGCGAUUAUACUUUAAAUAAAUGGAUGGCUAACUAAACUGUAUGAAUAAAAACAUCCAGUUAACCACUAUCACAGCUUAUUACGUGUAAUUAUUUCAGGACACCAAAAACUGUGAUAACGAUUCGAAUGCUACACUCCAAAAUAAAAAAUGUUAUCUUAGCAAGCGAAAACAUCCUGAAUAUAGUCAAAUUUAUCUCGUAUUUCCUGUUAGAAGAUUACAACAAACCACAAAUGAGAUUACUAAACCUAUUUCUAGACAUGUUUUUACUAGUUUCAAGCUAGAAAGUUUCUUAUUCUGUUGGCAGAUAAAACCUUCUUUCUAAAAAUAAAUGCUUAAAAUCAGCAAAAUUAUCUGCCAAUAGAUAAAAAAUAAUAAUAAAUAAAUAAAUUAAUUAAUCAAGAUAUUUUCACUUGGUAAGACGUCAGGUUUUUUUUUUUUUUUUUUUUUGCAGUGUACUAAAUGCUUUACUUUACUGUCUUCUCAUAUAGAAUAAUUCUUUGCAGCUCCUUUUAGCUCCUAGGUAAUGGAUAUUAAUGGAUAAGGUCAAAUGAGCAUGAUUGGGCCUCUGUAUGGGUGUUUGUGUAUUGACUGAGUGAAGGUGGGGUGUGGUGUGCCCACUCAGUAGGAAAAACCCCCCCCCAAAAUUGUUCAUUGAAACCAGCUGAAUCACAGUGAUUAUAGGAACUAGCGUUCGCUCUGUAUCUGUCUCUCUCUCUCGCUCUCACUCUCUCUCUCUCUCUCUCACACACACAUACCUCUGUCGCCCCCUCCCUUCAUCAUCUGGUCCGGCUCCAGCAUCAGGCCUGACUCAGCAGAGGAAGAGGGAGGGAGGAAGCGAGUGAGAGAGAGAGAGAGAGAUCUGUGUGACGAGACUACCAAGAGCAGUGCAGCGGAGAUUUGGACACCAUACAGAGCUAGAUUAGGCUUUUGUAAGUAUGCAGACCGGUAGAGUGCGUGUGUGAUUAGAGAGAGUGAUGUGCUGGAGCAGGGGGAUGACUUUAGCAGCGAGAGAGUCACCGUUAUAGUCACAUGUUUAGCGUGUCAGUGAUGCACACGCAGGGCUCAUGGAAGCCUCAACGGGCAGCACAGCAGAACUGCCAGACGCAGAAUGCUCCGCGGUGGCCAGCAGGAUGCCGUUCUGCAGUCAGGAGGAGCAGGAGUCUCCACUCGGCCUGCUAAGUGUCUCUGAGCUCAGUCUGGGCCUGCAGUCGCUCAGCCUGCCCUGCUGGGAGCGGCCCUGGAACUGCACUGAGCCUGAACUUCCAGCCAGGCCCAGCUCUCCGGAAAACAUGCUGGGGUUGUGGCCGAGUCCUCUCGCCAGUGCUCUGGACACUCUGCAGGGUUUUCAGAGCCAGGGCUCUUUGGGUGGAGGAGACCUGUUGGAAUAUUUUCCCGGCCUGACCCGCAUGACGGAGUCUCUUUCGCUGAUAAACUCCGGAUCUAGCAGUCCCGUCGACUCUGAGACCAGCGGUAUCUCAUCUGGGUCUGACCACCUGACCAGUUUACAGACCUCUCCUCCUAUGAAGUUCCACCUGUUUGACACUCAGAAAGAGGCUCUGUUGCCUAGCAGAGGGCAGCGAGAAAACUCCAUCUCUUCUCUCGCUCCCACCCUCCCUGCUGCACUUGAAGAGUCACUGGCUAAAUGCUGGACCAGAACAGCCCCCUGGCCCAGCUGGAGCAGCCAGAAUGCACGAGAGCAGACAUUCAGCAUUGAGACGAAGGCUCAGCUGCACAAACAGGCUGCAGCAACAAAUGAAGCUACUUGUACCUGGGCUGGACAGCUGCCUCCACGCAUCUACAAAAACCCCAUCUACUCCUGUAAAGUGUUCCUGGGAGGAGUGCCGUGGGACGUCACAGAGAGUAGCCUUCUGAACACAUUUAGUGUGUUUGGAUCUCUAAAAGUGGAGUGGCCUGAUAAGGAUGGUAAACACUCUCAAUGCCCGCCUCAAGGUUAUGUGUACCUAGUGUUUGAUUUUGAGAAAUCAGUGAAGGCUUUGCUGCAGGCCUGCAGCCAGCGUCACCUGCUUCCUACAGAUUACCUGGAGUACUUCUACAAGAUUUCUAGCAAGAAGAUACGCUGUAAGGUGGUGCAGGUGAUCCCAUGGGUGAUCACAGACAGUAGUUUUGUGUGCUCCCCGUCGCUGCGGUUCUUCCCCAGUAGAACAGUGUUUGUUGGGGCUCUGCACGGCAUGCUGACGGCUGAAGCUUUGGCUCAGAUCAUGAAGGAACUGUUCGGGGAGGUCGUGUACGCCGGGCUUGACACGGACAAGCACAAAUAUCCAAUAGGGUCUGGACGCGUGACAUUCAGGAACCAGAAGAGUUACCUAAAAGCAUUGACUGCUGCAUUUGUGGAAAUCAAGACUACCAAAUUCACCAAGAAGGUUCAGAUCGAUCCAUACCUUGAUGAUUCCAUGUGCCAAAUAUGUAAUUGUCAGCCAGGCCCCUUCUUCUGUAGAGAUCAGACUUGCUUUCAGUACUACUGCCGCUCCUGUUGGCACUGGCAUCACUCAGUGGACAUGCUGAGUGGUCACCGGCCUCUGAUGCGCAACCAGAAGAGCCUGAACCCAUGCUAAACAGCCGGCGCAAACUGUAACUCCGCUGCUAGCCCAGAGGUUUACAGGAUCACCCGAUCCACAGAGGUUUAACCGUGCCAUCUUAUCAGCUCACGGAGCCGAGACGGAGAAUGACUGUAGAAAGUUCAUGUGUUGCACUGCUUUCUCUCUUUUCGCUGUUUACUCGUUCACUAAGGCACUGUGUAGCGUGACGUGCCGAGUGAUGGUGGCCCAUUUGCACCAUUACCAGGGCAACCAUCACCAUGGAGAUAAGCCCAGAUUUCUGCGGGUGGCAAAUAGUAAAAUGCCUCCCUGUUUUGCCUGUUUUUAGAGUUUUUCCCCACAUCAUUGUGUUUGAAUUUUUUCAAAUGCAUGGCAUCUGUAAUUAUUAUUUAUCAUGUAAGUCUAGUAGCCUUUAUGUUGGCAGUUUUGUCAGUACAUUAUUAGUAUUAUUACUGAUUAACCUUAAGUCAAAGGGCCCUUUUAUCUGGUGUUUUAAGUAAUUAAGUUUUUUUAUUUACACACUCGUUUUUCCAGCUUUACUGGGUUAAGAUGUAGAUGUCGUUGCCCUGUGGAUCAUUUCGAACUACCUGGAGUAGGUAUUUUUAAUUUUUUUUCUUAACCAGAAUCAGAAAUGUUCAUGUGCAGCAGCAUGAAACAUCCCAUAUUUUGCUGCCAUCGCUGGUUAGGAACAGUCAGAGUGUGGACUGUACAUAGUUUUAAUCGAAUCGUUGCACUUUAAACCUGUAGUUUUAAAUCUACUCUUAUACAACUGUUGAAUGGGAGAGUUGUUUAAGCAUGAUCUUUUAUUUUACUGGUACUGUUUCUGGUCCUGUUCCUAGUGAAUUGAGCUAACUCUGGUUCAAGGCCUAUUGAUUGUAAACCAUUCUAGAUCAAAUGCAAUUUAACUCCCUGUUUUAUUUAGGAUUUAAGGCUCUGUGCCAAAGAAAGAUCUGGUCUUUCUCUACCUUUCUCUCUCUCUCUCUCUCUCUCUCUCUCUCUCUCUCACUCUUUCUCUCUCUCUCUGUCUCUCUCUCUCAGUUUUUAUUGAGGUUUGUUGUGCUGAGCUUGUUGCCUGGUCCAACUGCUUUUUUAGAGUCUAAAAAUCUCUACCUCAUUGGUCUGCGAGUGUUGCCAUGGUUACAUAACUUGGAGGUUGUUUCAGUUGGGCACAAUAAAGUUGUUGAAGUAUUACAAGUCUGUUUAAUUUCUUUGCCUUUUUUUUUUUUUUUUUUUUAAAUUUAUGUUGUUGUUGUUUUAAAAUAAUACAUACACUGUGAACCCUGAUCAGUUUUGUUUACUCAAACCAUUUGAUGGAACCCAUCGACUCAAAUCAUUUACGUUUGAAAACUAGCAUUUUAAAGUUGUUUGUAUUUUUAUAUUGUGUACAUGCAAGUUUACAAGCAUAAGACAAAAAGUUGAAGUAGUAAUCACUCAACAUAGUAAGUAGUUGUGACUUCUUAACGUUAUUACUACAUAACAUCGUUUAUUUUAUAGAAUUUUUUUCUCCAUAGAUAGCGCGUUGUUUUUGUUUUUUUUUUGGUCUUAUUUUACUGUUAGUUAAGUAUCUUGAGCUGCUUGAGUUGACUACCGAAAAGCUACUGUUGAGCCCAUGACCCUCAACUCAGCUAUACACUUGUAUUGUAUCCUGUCACAAAUGUUGUUUUGGGCAAAAGCAUCUGACAAAUUAAUAAACGUAAAUAUAUUCGAAAAAUAAUUGGUACAAUGAAAUAAUUGUUACAUAUGUUUUAAUGUUUUAAGGCACUACAGAGUCAGUCAUAUGGGAGGAUAUUCAUUCUAUAUUAUAUACAUAUAUUCGUUGGACUGAAUAAGACACUACUGACAUGGUAUGAUAAAUGCCAGGUAUCUCAGAUAGAAUAUUCACUGUGCAGAGAGAGCGAGUUAAAGAGACACUUCAUUCAAAAACGUAAGCAUUGUAUUGUAAUUCAAUUCAAUUUUAUUUGUAUAGCGCUUUUAACAAUGAACAUUGUCUCAGAGCAGCUUUACAGAAAUAUAUAAACACAGGAUACGGAUUUUAAGUGUGUGAAUUUAUCCUUAUUAAGCAAG